GGGCGUGCCUUUAUCCGGCGAGUAGGCUGCACCUACUCUCCAGAGUUGGUGUGCUAAAAAAUCUUUCUGUUCGGAUCCUGACCCGUGCGCACCAUGGCUUCGAUUCAAAGGAAAAUCCCAUAUACUGCAAAAGCUCCAAUAAGACAGGGUAUUUACAGUCAGGCGGUGGUGGCUGACCGCACCAUGUACAUCUCUGGGCAGCUGGGAAUGGACACUGCGUCUGGACAGCUUGUGAGUGGAGGGGUGCAGGCACAGGCCAAACAGGCUCUUGUUAAUAUGGGUGAGAUUCUGAAGGCUGCAGGGUGUGGAUAUGAAAAUGUUGUUAAAACCACAGUCCUGUUGGCUGAUAUGAAUGACUUCACGAAUGUAAAUGAUGUUUACAAGCAGUUUUUCACCAGCAACUUCCCCGCCAGGGCUGCUUACCAGGUGGCUGCCCUGCCCAGAGGUGGGCUUGUUGAAAUUGAAGCCGUUGCAGUGUUGGGUCCCAUCUCCGAUGCAUCCUGACUAGCCGCCCAGAAUAUGCACAAGCUGUAACUUGCAGCUGAAACCUUGUCAUGACGCCAACAUUAUAGUCAUCCUCACACCUUUUAGGAAGGCCUUCCUCUCAACCCCCUCCCCCCACCCCACCCCACCCCACCACCACCCCAGUAAGUACACAAAUUGUCCUGAAUAUCCAGGUGCAGCGGCAUUCCAUAAAUAUCAGAUGGUGCUCUGUUGCCAUGGAAACAGGAAGUGAUUUUGUUCCUAAGCUCCCGUUUACAUGAUCCAGUGCCCUUUAACUUUCUAACGCACACGCCUGUAUCAUGUUUCAUAAGCAGCUGAGAGGGAUGUAAGUGUUCACCAUUUUGUAGCGUCAGCUUCCACCCUGCUGCGGUUUAUAUUUCAGUCCUGCACAGGAGGUGUGGUUACCCUACAUUCAUUAACACCAGAUGGCUGCUCCACGGUACCUGUAGGCACCGAGGCCCCACCCUCUGUCCACCUAACGCAGAGAAACAGACGCGCUCGAUAUUUUCUCCCUGCUACCAUUUUCAGCAACAUAUCUUUUCGACUGCAUCUCACAUUUGACCAAUUACAACACAGUUAUCUGGCUUUUGCUGUUGUUUUACAUUACUAAUAAACAAAACAACCAGUUUCUAAGA